AAAACAGGAAAGAGGAGCACGAAGCCGUCGGUCCGGAGGCCGCGCCGCACGCUGCAGGUAAGCGUCGUAACGGAGACCGUCACCCAGCAACCAUCGCCGAGUACCUGCAGCGCAGCGACACCGCCAUCAUUUACCCAGAAGCCCCGGAGGAGGUGACGCGUCUCGGCACGCCAGAGACCGCCGGACAGGAUGAGACCGAGCACGAACUGCUGUCCGGCGGCGGGGACGUCUUCUCUGCGCUGCUUUCCUGUCCGUACUGCGAGCGCGGCUACAAGCGUCUCACGUCUCUGAAGGAACACAUCAGAUAUCGUCACGAGGACGUCAGGGACACCUUCAACCCCCGCACACACACCCCCCCCCCACAACAG